AUGUUUCUUGUUGAUGUUCUUUUUGUCUUUGAUUUUGAUUGCCUGCAUGCUUUUGAAACUUUGAAAGCAAACCUUACCUCUACUCCCAUUAUAGCUCCCCCUGAUUGGGAUUUACCAUUUGAGUUUAUGUGUGAUGCUAGUGAUUUUGCUAUAGGAGCUGUUUUAGGACAGAGGCAUGGCAAGCUUAUACAUGAGUUUGAUAUUGAGAUAAAAGACAGGAAAGGGUCAGAAAAUCAAGUAGCUGACUAUCUCUCCAGAAUUGAGCCUGAAGCAGGAGUACAACCACCCAUAGCUGUGACUGAGACGUUUCUAGAUCAGCAAUUGUUCCUCAUUCAGCAGGCUCCAUGGUUUGCAGACAUUGCGAAUUACAAAGUCAUGAAUUUUAUUCCAAAGGAGUACAGUAGGCAACAAGUAAAGAAGCUAUUGACUAAUGCAAAGUACUACAUUUGGGAGGAACCGUACCUUUUUAAAAGGUGUUCAGAUGGUCUAAUCCGGAGACGUGUCUCGGAUGAGGAAAAACAGCAGAUUCUUUGGCACUAUCAUGGUUCUGAUUAUGGAGGCCACUUUGGUGGUGAAAGAACAGCUACAAAGGUCCUUCAGAAUGGGUUCUACUGGCCGACUCUCUUCAAGGACUCAAGAGAAUUUGUGAAUCACUAUGACAGAUGUGAAAAGGCCACGAAUCUCCCUGCCAACAAUGAAAUGCCACAACAUGGGAUUCUUGAGGUUGAGUUGGAACUCAAGAGAAUUCUAGAGAAUACCGUCAGUGUUUCAAGAAAGGACUGGUCUAGGAAGCUUGAUGAUUCUCUCCGGGCAUACCGGACAGCUUACAAGACUCCUAUUGGCAUGUACCUUUAUCAGUUGGUCUAUGGCAAAGCCUGUCACUUACCAGUUGAGCUGGAGCAUAAAGCUUAUUGGACAAUCAGGUAUCUGAAUCUUGAUUCAGAAGCUGUAGGAAUUAAGCAAAUGCUUCAGUUGAAUGAGCUUGAUGAAUUCAAAUAUUCAGCCUAUGAGAAUGCCAAGCUCUAUGAGAGAAACAAGUUAUUACAUGACAAGAAGAUUGCCAUCAGAGUCUUUGAGCCAAGACAGAGAGUGCUUUUAUAUAAUUCAAUGCUCAAACUCUUUCCCGGAAAGCUGAAAUUCCGGUGGUCAGAACCGUUUGUGGUUAUCAGAGCUUCACCAUAUGGUCAUGUGGAAAUAUAG